AGUCCUAGCGCUAGCACUUCUAGCUUCACUGAUGAAAAUUGAAGUCUCUGAAAUUUCGAGAGAGCUGCACUCGCAGGAUGCAGCUGUUAUUAGCAGCUGGUAGAUAAAGUAAGAUGUGAGUGCUUCGCUUGCGGUGGAGGUGGUCUCUGGUCCUCGACGUGCAGCCCCUGUUAUUUUGAUUACAACCAGCACGCCGCGUGGACAAGUUUCCGCGUGCUCACCUGAGUGCAUCAACAUCUUCUUCCCCACGACCUUUUCCGACCAUGGCGCCGAUCGAUUUGCGCACCGGCGCCUCUGCCGGUGGUCCAGAUCCAAUGGCUAUCAAAUGUAAAAAUGUCUGGGUCUGGAAGAAUGCACGAUUUGUCAUGCUGCUUUUCCAUGACCCAUGAGGUCUGGAAUGCCGGAGCUAGCAUGACAGAUUCUGCGAGAACUGUCUAAUGCCUAUCCUGCAUGAGAAACUACCUCCCGACUUGGUCAAAAUUGGGCGACUUUUGGUAAUCAUGCAACACAGAUUUUUGCAUGCUGCAGAUUUAGCAUGACAAGUUGCAAUCUUCCAGACCCAGACAUUUUUACAGUUGAUAAUGGCAAACACGGUGUUGCCACCCAAUGCUGCGAAAACACAGUCCCAGCAGCAGCAACUGGGGCCAGCAGCAGGAGCGAAUGCGAAUGCUCCGCCAAAAUCCCAACCCACCGCAGUUACGGUCAAUAUGAACCAGAAGCAACCGACGCCGACCGCGGCACAGAAGAAGCAACCCAGGUGGUUUCACGCCGCGAACAACUACUUGAGUGCACGGCACAUGGCCAUGCGGAAAUUCUCUCUGCUGAUGGAGAGAGUCAGGGAGAAAAAGUGGACCAAUGACAGGGUGCUGGAGGUAGGCAUUUGUGUAGUUUGCUGGUAGUUUAGUUGGUAAAGGGUUGGUUUCUCAUGCAGAGUGCAGAUAGGUAUAGGUUUACCUAGGAUUAGGUCAUGUCUUGUCUCAUCUCGUCGCUGUUUGCAAGGCGUAUAUUGAUUGUAUUAAACAAAGAUGGAUGCAAAUAAUUGAAACUCCAUCCAGUUCGACGACCCCGAACAGACAACGCAGUCUUCGAGCCAACGCGUCACCAUUUUCGAUUUCCCGCCGAGCAACGACGUUUCCUACUACUGCAUCAACAGAAACGACCCGGAUUCGCAAGUUCCGGACGCGGCCGAGCCGGUCGAGAAGUGGCGCAGAAUAAGCGAAAUCCACGUGAAGGGUAGGCUAUUCCCCAUAAACGGAAAAACGCACUACGGCCGGGUCUACCAGGGCGGGCUGCAGAAUUUCUACUUAACCUGCGCGUUGCAAGCGUUGUCUUUGCGGCCGAAGUAUCCUGUGCAAAAGCAUCCUACUCGUACUAAGUCGCAGUCCUGCAAGACAAAUUUCAUUUUCUAGCUGAAUCAGCAUGACAAAUUCUCUUUGUCAUGCUGAGGUAAUUUGUGUUGCAAUACUACGAGUAUGUACGAUACUUUUGCAGUUCAUACGAAGCUGUUACACGACGUUUUCGCGUACAGCAGCGUGGAACGGGGGAUUUACGUGUUGACGUUCUACAAAAACGGGCAGUAUUGCACCAGUGAAGUGGACGACCUGAUGCCGGUGGACGCGGCAGGUGACGAUGAUUUAACGCCGAUGUUUUGCAGAGCCAGAAGAUAGAUGCGGCUUUGAUGUUCAUCCUAGACUAACUUACGUGAGCAUCGCUUCACAUAUUGAACGACAAUCCCGAUCGCGCAAAUAAGACCAUACUUACAUUGCUCAUCAGGUCUUCCCAUCGCCGCCGUCUCCGAGGACUACCCCUACAUCCUCUGGCCCACAAUCGUCGAAAAAGCCUACGCAAAGCUUCACUGCAUAUCCACAGAAAAAGACUCGUCGGCCCCCCCAUCCAUUUUUGGUUUUGCAUUACAGAUACGGGCUGCGCUUCAUGUUUUACAUGACCAAUAUAGAAGACGGGGAUGCUGGGUGUUUUUUUUUGAUGGAUUCUGCAAUGGAAAACUCGACACAGUCGGCUGGGAAAUUAUCGGAGAGGGUGGUUGCAUCGAGGAAUGUCUCGUGGAUUUGACCUAUCCUGAGUAAAAACGUACCCACACCAGAGUCAGGAUGGGGAUUUUGCAACACAAACCUAGGAGUUUUGUGAGUCACGCAUGACAAGUUGCGCUCUGCAGUGUAGUGCAGGUUAGCAAGUGCAGCCGCGUCACAGAUUCAUCUGCUCAUCCUGUUCACAGCAUCACAAAUUCCAAAACACGAUUGAAAAUGGCUCUCAUGCAGAUGCGCAUUACAAGUCUUCCUGUCUUUGCAAAUCUGCAUGACAACUCUGGUGUGGGUACGUUUUUACUCAGGAUAUGACCGGCGGAGUUGGCGGAUUCUGGUACACGUGUGAUGUCUCUGUCGACCGUAUGAAAGUGCACAACUCCCCCUCCGCCUCGUUUGUGUUGCAUGAACAGCAAUACAAGGGUUAGCAACAAUACAUGUCUUGCAUGACAAAUUUGGACAGGAAUGUAGUGCUAUUUGGACCACUGCCAGGACUUGUGAUGCAGACAGUGCCAAGUAGAGGCAAGGCGUAAAUUAGGUAUUUUGCAUGACAAAGGAGGGGGAGGGGGAGUUGUGCUCUCUCACAGACCGCCUUUUCGUCUACCUGCACGAACUACAACGAGAAGCGAUUUUCGUGGCGCAGAUCAACCAGAAGGCCUGCGACACGCGGAAUGUGAAGCUCAACCCGUUUUUCCCGUACGUAAUCAACCGGGUGACGGAGUUCGAGGGGAACUGCUACGUCCAAAUGUUUUGCGGGGCGCCGUACCUAGCCGACGGGGGCUUGUCGGAUAUCUCCGUGGUGUAUCCACAGAAAAAAACCCAUCCACAUCCAUUUUUUGCAUGGCAAACACGUAACUUGAUAAAACGUGUUUUGCAUGACAAAUUGGCUGUGGAUUGGUUUUUUUCUGUGGAUAUGGUGCCCUGGAAUUUGACCAACGACCCGAGAUGGGGCCAGGCGGAGUCCACCAACGACGGUUUUUUUUGGAUGUCGAUUUUCGAUUUUUCCACCUACUUCGAAAUCAUCCACGAGUGCAGGUUGGUGAACUCCGGAGACCGGGGCGCAAUCCCGCACAUGCCCAGUCCGAGGUUACCCAUACCGGUUUACCCCUGCUACGUGUCGGAGCCGAUGUUUGAAUCGGUGCACGCUUGCGCAUAUGAAGAUGUGCAAAAGUAAUAUCGACGUAGACGUAGUACUAUGAGAAAAUGGCACCGCAAAUUAGCUCAGCACGACAAAUGGUUUUUGCUGAUUCCGCUUGGAAAGAACAAGACGAUUUCAUUUGUGAUGCGUGACUGCGACUUUUACCACGAGCGCGAUACAACUUUUGCACAGGACAGCGCGGAUCUGAUCACGAUGGAUUACAAGCCAGAAUUUCUUCUCACCUACCAUCCGCACUUUUACGGCGUUGCGGGAGGAGGUGGAACAGCGAAUAACCAGUCUAGACAGGCGGAGCAGCAGAUUCAGCAGCAAUUAGGUAACGAGGUCUACAUUUGCACCAUGCAAACAGACGAACGGCUAUCUCAGUCCGCCGCGGGAACACGGUUCCAGCACCUACCCAUCUGCUUGAAAGUGUGGGAAAGGGUAGUAAACACUCCGCAAACCUUAUCACAGGAAAAAAGUGAUACAGUAUACACAUUUGUUGGAAUUUCAGCAUCACAAAGUUGCUCCGCAUGGCAAAGAAAACUUGUAAUGUGCAGACCAUAGAUAAAACAGAAAACACGAAUGAAAUGACGCUGGCAUCAAGCAUUUCCUGCAUGACAGAAGUUGUCUGUCUUGCGGGUCUUGCAUCACAGUGUGUAACGUACCUUGAGCACUUUUUUCUCACGAUAAACCUUGUCCGCAGCCAACGUGCGGCAACAGCAGGAGAAACCGGAAGUCACAUGGUCGCUGGUCACGAAGUCAAACUUUCAGGAAAACGCCCGGGAUUCGACGGCUUGCUUCAAAAUACCACCGCUACCGCCCGGCUCGUUAGCUUCGCAGUACUUGGUGACCUGCGAGUUUCACGACAAAAUUCCGGAAAAGAACAAAUUUCUGGCUGACGUGAAGGAAACACCAUUGCCGGACGGAGUCGACUCGGAUGACGUUGUCGUGAACAGGCUCAUUUUCAGGUAAGUUUUUGGUAUGUAGUUGUUGCAAUACGUGAUUUGUGAUGCAGUUUACGUGGAACACACCUUCUACUUGUCAGGCAAAAAAGUUACAAACUACAAAACUACGACAAAACAGGUGCUAUUCCACCAAACCCUUAACCGUGGCCCCCCGCGUGCAGGGGUCAACGAGAGCGAAAAACCUCUUCCUCACCGACCCGGGAGCGGAUUACCCAAAGGCGAUAAGGUGGACGCUCGUCGGGAGCCGAGACCCGAAGCAGAUGUUGCGGCCCGAUUUGCCCGACGAUUGGGACGAUCUCGAGGGGUGCGGGGUGGCGUUUGCCAGCAGGUUAAAUCGACGGGAUCUGGAAAACAUGAUCGGCAAUUCUGGAGCGCCGGAUGGAAAUGGAAAUUGCGCGAUUAUGUAGACGAUGAAACUGGGCACCGAUCCAGAUCAUGCCGUGUCCUGCAUCAACAUCCAUCACUUCCAGCUUAAGUAGCCGCAAGGAAUUUUGUAUGGCGAUGCGAGGCGACCGCGAGAUCUUCAACUCGAUCAAAGCUGAACCUGAGGUAUUAAUUCGAUUUCAUAAUCAAACCUAAACCAAACUCUAACUAUCACAUUUCAACCAGAUUUAGUUAAUCAUAAGCACUUUGACGAACUUUUUUCCAACCGAAACUCAAAGGCUAGCUAAAUCCUUCGAUAUAUCAAUUACAAUUUUCGCGAAGCAGGCUUGCAGCGCGGGCUGUUGCUACCACGAAGAGAAAGUAAAAAGAAAGAAAGAAUCCAAAGUUUGAUUUCGAAUCCCACGCGGUGGCGGUCAAGUUUUGCUAUGGAAUUUCGAAGCCGCACGGUACCACGUACGGAGCGACGCGAAGAUGUAUGAUAAUUUGGCUUAAUAGAAGUUGUCAUACCUACUUCAUCUUGUACUAGAAGAUGUCCGUAUCUCAAGCAU